CUCUUUUUUUCCUCCCUUUUUUCGUUUUUUUUCCUUUCCUUUUUUUGUGAAUGAAAAAAGGAGGUCGCCAGCAGUCUCUGGGACUGCAGCGCUAGGCGUCUUGGCAGCCGCGCCUUCGGAGCGGCCCGGCGCGGAGCAGCGGCAGCCUCGCCCCUCUGCUCCGCUCCUGCGCGCCGCCUCCAGCCUCCGCAGCCAGAGGACCGGCUGUGGCGCCGCGGCCCAGCCGCCCGAGGUCGGCGCGGCCGCGCGCAGCCCGACUCCAUGACACUGGGCGCCUGGGGCGCGGGGAGAUGCUGAUCCGGAAGAGGCAACGGCUGCAGUGCCGCGCGCGCGGCCGCUCCCGGCCCGCCGUCCGGCCUGGGCUGCCUUGUCAGAGUUUCUGAUCUAACGCGACCCGGGCCCGGAGCCUGUAGCAGCAGCAGCAGCAGCGGGGCGGCGCCGGCAUCGUCCUUACUUGCACGCGCGGAGUGACCCCAGACAUUCCACUAAAAUGAACGUGCUUAGCGGCAAGAGAUGUGUUCCUUACACUAGAAAUUACCCCGUCACAUGUAGUGGUGUCCCAAUUAAUGGAUUCUGACAUGGAUUAUGAAAGGCCAAACGUAGAGACCAUCAAGUGCGUUGUGGUGGGGGACAACGCCGUGGGCAAGACCAGGCUCAUCUGUGCCCGGGCCUGCAAUGCUACCCUCACCCAGUACCAGCUGCUUGCCACCCAUGUGCCCACGGUUUGGGCCAUCGACCAGUAUCGGGUAUGCCAGGAGGUGCUGGAACGCUCCCGAGACGUGGUAGAUGAUGUCAGCGUCUCCCUUCGCCUCUGGGACACUUUUGGAGACCACCACAAAGACCGCCGCUUUGCUUAUGGGAGAUCCGAUGUGGUGGUUCUGUGCUUCUCCAUUGCCAAUCCCAAUUCCCUCCACCAUGUCAAGACCAUGUGGUACCCAGAAAUCAAGCACUUCUGCCCCCGAGCACCUGUCAUCUUGGUGGGCUGCCAGCUGGACCUGCGCUACGCCGACUUGGAGGCUGUCAAUAGGGCCAGACGACCCUUGGCUAGACCUAUCAAGCCCAAUGAGAUCCUUCCUCCGGAAAAGGGUCGGGAGGUGGCCAAGGAGCUGGGCAUCCCUUACUAUGAGACCAGCGUGGUGGCCCAGUUUGGCAUCAAGGACGUCUUUGACAACGCCAUCCGGGCAGCGCUCAUCUCCCGCCGGCACCUGCAGUUCUGGAAGUCCCACCUCCGCAACGUGCAGCGGCCUCUGCUGCAGGCGCCCUUCCUGCCCCCUAAGCCACCUCCCCCCAUCAUCGUGGUGCCCGACCCCCCUUCCAGCAGCGAGGAGUGCCCCGCCCACCUCCUGGAGGACCCGCUGUGCGCGGAUGUCAUCCUGGUGCUGCAGGAGCGGGUGCGCAUCUUUGCCCACAAGAUCUACCUCUCCACCUCCUCCUCCAAGUUCUACGACCUGUUCCUCAUGGACCUGAGUGAGGGGGAGCUGGGGGGCCCCUCAGGGCCAGGGGGCCCCUGCCCAGAGGACCACCGGGGUCACCCUGAUCAACACCACCACCAUCACCACCACCACCACCAUGGCCGGGACUUCCUGCUUCGGGCAGCCAGCUUUGAUGUGUGUGAGAGUGUGGAGGAGGGCGGGGGAUCUGGUCCUGCUGGACUCCGGGCCUCAACCAGUGAUGGGAUCUUACGGGGCAAUGGAACAGGGUACCUGCCUGGGAGGGGUCGAGUGCUGUCUUCCUGGAGCCGAGCUUUUGUGAGCAUCCAGGAAGAGAUGGCAGAAGAUCCACUGACCUACAAAUCCCGGCUGAUGGUGGUGGUAAAAAUGGACAACUCCAUCCAGCCGGGGCCCUUCCGGGCUGUUCUCAAGUACCUGUAUACAGGGGAGCUGGAUGAGAAGGAACGGGACCUUAUGCACAUCGCCCACAUUGCUGAGCUGCUCGAGGUCUUUGAUCUGCGCAUGAUGGUGGCCAACAUUCUCAACAACGAGGCCUUCAUGAACCAGGAGAUCACCAAGGCCUUCCACGUUCGCCGGACGAACCGGGUUAAGGAGUGCUUGGCAAAAGGCACCUUCUCAGAUGUGACCUUCAUCCUGGAUGAUGGCACCAUCAGCGCCCACAAGCCUCUGUUGAUUUCCAGCUGUGACUGGAUGGCUGCCAUGUUUGGGGGUCCAUUUGUGGAGAGUUCUACCAGGGAGGUGGUGUUUCCUUACACGAGCAAGAGCUGCAUGAGGGCGGUGCUGGAGUACCUCUACACUGGCAUGUUCACCUCCAGCCCCGACCUGGACGACAUGAAGCUCAUCAUCCUGGCCAACCGCCUCUGCCUGCCGCACUUGGUUGCCCUCACAGAGCAGUACACAGUGACUGGGCUGAUGGAAGCAACUCAGAUGAUGGUGGACAUUGAUGGGGACGUCCUUGUGUUCCUGGAACUGGCUCAGUUCCACUGUGCAUACCAGUUGGCGGACUGGUGUCUCCACCACAUCUGCACCAACUACAACAACGUGUGCCGGAAGUUCCCCCGAGACAUGAAGGCCAUGUCCCCAGAAAACCAAGAGUAUUUUGAGAAGCACCGGUGGCCGCCCGUCUGGUACCUGAAGGAGGAAGAUCACUACCAGCGGGCUCGGAAGGAGCGAGAGAAAGAGGACCAUCUCCACCUGAAACGGCAACCCAAGCGGCGGUGGCUGUUCUGGAACAGUCCCUCCUCGCCGUCCGCUUCAGCGGCCUCCUCCUCAUCCCCGUCUUCCUCCUCGGCUGUGGUCUGAGAUGCUGCUGCCCUCUUCUGACCCUGCUGCUGUUGUCCCUACUUGCCCUUGCCCUCUGCUCUUCUGCAUUGCCCCCUCCACCCUCCAGGGACAAGGGGACCCACAUAAGCAGGAACCUGAGGGCGGAGCUGUUCUCACCAGCCAACACAGCGCAGCAAGAGACAACGGGCCUUGUGGAUCAGAACAGGGACUCGCCGCACAGGUCCCCAGCCCAAGCAGGGCAGGAGACAGCAGCUGGGAGGUGGGGAACAGGGAAAGAGCUGAGAGCUCUGGCAUCUUGUCUCUGGGCUGGAGAACUGUAGAGUACAGGGAAAACUCUCCCAGCCAUGAGGCUGUGUGUCUUGGUCUGUGGAGGCAGCCCCCUCCCAUUGAGCGGCAGUGUGCACGCAGGGAGUGUCCUGCCUCUAUUGCCAAGUUUUUCCACCAAUGGACUUGAGGGUUGCAAAUGUUUUGUGGGCAUUUCCACAUGGAGCCUACUCAGAUACCCACUGGAGAAGUCAGGGUAGAAAUUAAGCCUUCAGAGCCCGACUCAAGGCUUCCACAUCCUGGGCUGUAGCUGCCAGAAGCCACAGUUGGGAGGCUUGCACGCUGCCAGCCUCCCUCCAGCUUGUAGGCGUCCAGGCCUGGUAAAGGGCAGCAGAGGUGGUUCAGAGCUCUGGUCCUAGCAGCAGUGCCUCUUGGUGCAAUGAGGAACUUCUCUCUCCUUCACUACUCAGAUUUGGAGCUGGGAACCAAAGGAAACAGCUGGAACGGGGAGAAAGAAGAGAGUGAUGGGGUCUGGGCGCAGCAAUCCCGUGCUCCUCUGGGUUCUUCCCCUGCCUCUGGUUAGCACGGCUUCUUAUGGAGUGGGGCAAAAUUAGCAAAAAAACCCCAACAACAACAAACAAAAUCAUCACCAACAAAAACACUUUAGCCUCUCUUCCCUCAAAGAAAGAAAAACAGAAAAAGACCCUGUAUAGCUUACAUCUUUAUAAAGCUAAACAGGGGCCCCCAUGUUGAUGAGAUAAAGGUUUAGGUUGUAGAAUUGAUUCCAAUGCCUGCCAAGAGAGAACUUGUCAUCUGCUAUGGCUGAGGAUGCCCUGGCCCUGCUGGGGGGCUCUGGGGGCAGCACUGGCCCCACGCCUUCAGCAUGAAGGAUUGAGGUUUCAGGGGGCGGGGAAGGGGUGGUCUCAGGGCUCCCACAUGGCAUUGGACCUUUGCUCUGCCCAUCAUGAGAAUGAGGUUAUCCUCCUCACCUUCAGAGGGUGACUGCACAGGAUGUGAAUGUGUUGGGGGGGAUUGGGGUAGGAGUCAAAGGUCAGGUAAAAGGGCCUUGACUUGGAGACGAGGAGUCCCUGUAAUGAAGGAUCACAGGACAUGACCUUAGUGCUGGUUUGGGAAAAAAGGGAAGGAGAAAACGGGAGAAUUGAGCAGGAGCGAAACCAAGGUCAGUCCACGGGGAAAAGCUGGGCCACACUGACCCUCUCCCUGCUUUCUAAACCUGAUCCAUAUUCCACCCCCACACCCUUCUUAGACUUGAAAGACAGAGUCUCUCUGAUGAGGGGUGGAGCCAGUGAGACAGUGAGCUCCUGGGCUCAGAGCUCCGGAGUCACUUCGCCUGAGAAAGAUGCUUUAGGAAGUGGGGCUGGCUUUAGGUUCCAGGGCCCUGGGAUGGCCUCUACCACCAUGAGUCUGGCUUACAUCUGGGAUAGAGCACACCCAGAAACAGGAAACCUGCAACAAUUCUGUGGUGCCGAGACCUAGAGAUUUGAUGUUACCUCCUCGUCAAGAGAAGGAGCAGGAGGUGGCAGGUCUAGAGUGACUGUGACCCACGUUGUCUGAGCCCCAGACUUCUUCAAGGCUAUGGCUCCCUCCUCUCCAAGUCCUUCUCCAGGGUGGCUGGCUGGGCAGCCAGACGUGUGCUGCCCUCUCCUGACUGGUCAGCCUCCCUUCCACUGAGCCUGUAGACCAUGGCUUCAGGGCAAGGCUGAGGGGGCCAAUAGGCCGGGGCAGGAGGGAAGCGGCCAAGGGAAAGACCUUUGCUCUGGGGAAGCGGGGCAGAGGUGGGGCCACGGGGCCUCCCAGGAACUCUAGGUGAGAGUGAGGACCAGGUCCUAAAGAGCAAGAGGAGGGGAAAUGGGUCCCCAUGAGCUUGCAGGGCUGAGCCAUCUGGCCCAUUGAUGAGGAUGCAGACAGGCAGGUGGGGAGAGAGAGUGAAGGUGGCCCAGGAGGUGCAGGAAGCUACAGGAGACGGGCCACACAAUGACCCCAGCAACCAGGGCCAGCUCUUCCCUCAGGGACCCACUGCCCCUUCCCAACUGCUCUGUCAGAGCCGGUCUGCACCACUCGGGGGCCCAGCAGACCCAGGUGCCACCCAGCUACACCACCUGGGGAGGCUGUGGGGGAGCCAGGCCAGGGCUGGGGUCCCUCUCCCAGGGGGAAGGGCAGGCAGGUGAGGGAAGGAAGGGACUGAAUUCCAGUCCCUCAGGAACCUGGCACUUGGAAAUCCAGAGUCAGAGCAGGAAACCCAUCCAUGCAGGGCAAGCCUGGAGGCAUAGAGGGAAGAAAGGAAGGAGCAAGUCACACAGCAAGAAUACACACCCUUGCACUUUUGUCACUCAGUUGCUUCAGAGGAGAAUAGGGGGAUGGGGAAGAAAAAAACCCUCACACCUCUUUUUAUAUAAGGUUCAUAUUUAAUUUGGUCAUGAAUUCAUAAAUACGUGAGUAUUUUGUA